GAGAGACUUUCUUACCUGUGAGGAGACUUAUGGAGAAGGUUCAAUUCCAUGUGGUGGAAGCGAUAGUAAAUAUUGCUACGAUCCUACGAUUGGGGAGUCGUGCUGCAUGCAAGAUUCUGGAUACUGUGGUCUAGGAGAUGUAUGCGCGUCGAUUGAGGGUUAUUGCUGUCACAAGGACGAAAACGAACAAAUCUGUAUGCUCCGUCUCGGCAUCAGCUUCCCCGAUGAUAUCACAUCCGACCCCGACUUCAAUUCCGAUAUCGAUUCCGAAGACCUAGAUUCCAGCCUGACAUCCAUCUCCUCCUCCUCCUCCUCCUCCUCAUCAACUUCACAGUCACAAUCAGAAUCAGAAUCGCAAUCUAUCACGCACAUAAAGUCGGAUGAUGAAUCGACUGAUUCUGACCUCGGUACCGAAUCAUCUGAUUCGGACGGUGCCUCUAGUCCACCCAUGUCCAUGCUAAUGAAUGCAUUGAACUCGGGUCCCCUCGCCGACGAAGACGCAGAUGCAGAUACAGACGAAGACGAAGACGAGAAUGCAGACCCAGACUCAGCUUUGGACUCGGGAUCAGAGGGAGAGGGAGAUGUUGACACGGGAACUAAUGUGAACCCUGAACCCACCACCGUGGUUUUGAGUCUAGGGACUGCAGUAGCGUCUGCGGUGCCGUUUGAUGUGAUGAACAAAGGUGGGGUUUCUAGCCUUGGAGCUGGGGAGAGUUCGACGCUAGUUUCGUCUUUGGAGGGGUUGGAGACUAGUAGCGCUACUGCUGGGAGUAAUGCAAAUGAGCUGACAUCAUCGGCUCUUCCAUCGCAAUCUAUUUCUGAGGGGGGGCUUAAUGCCAGCGCGACAACUUCUGCUGUUGAUGGAACUUUUACCGGUGGUGCUGUGCGGAUUAGGAGAGAAUCGGGUUUGGAAGGAGGGGUGGCAAGGAGCUGUUUGUUUUUGGGUGUGUCUUUUGUGGUUUGGGUUGUGUUGUAAGAAUGAAGGGGUAUUUGAGAUUAUCGUUUGCGGCAAGCGAGGAAGAAUAAUUCAUAGGGCCUAAUUAUCUAGACUGCAGCCCAACAAUUAAAAACGUUAGAAUAUUUAAUUAUUUCUCAAAAAUGAAAGAAUUUCA